GCAGAAGGGGGUGGAGGACACUGAAUGGAGGCCAGUGGAGGGAUUGGGAGAGUGGGGUGGAGGACACUGAGUGGAGGCCAGUGGAGGGAUUGGCAGAGAGGGGUGGAGAACACUGAGUGGAGGUCAGUGGAGGGAUUGGCAGAGAGGGGGUGGAGGACACUGAAUGGAGGCCAUUGGAGGGAUUGGCAGAGUGGGGUGGAGGACACUGAGUGGAGGCCAGUGGAGGGAUUGGCAGAGAGGGGUGGAGGACACUGAGUGGAGGCCAGUGGAGGGAUUGGCAGAGAGAGGUGGAGGACACUGAGUGGAGGCCAGUGGAGGGAUUGGCAGAGAGGGGUGGCAGACACAGAAAGGUUAACUGAAGAGGGGAUAGCCUGUGAUGAGGUUGGCCAAUGAGGAGGG